AUGGCUAGAGAGUGAGUGCUGAAAAAUAGACAAUUUUGAAAAAAAUAAUUGCAGAAUGAACACGUUUAUAGUCUCAAUUGACUAUCGCCUAUCUCCGGAAACAGUAUUCCCUAACAACCUUCUUGACUGUGAAAAAGCGGUCGAUUAUCUGUUCUCCCAUGGCAAAGAUGAAUUCGGAAUUGACACCAGCCGAAUAGCUAUUGUUGGAGAUUCUGCGGGUGGCAAUCUGGCAGCUGCAAUCACCCAAAGACGUGUGCGCCGAGGAGAGAAGCCUGAAAUUUCGGCUCAAGUUUUGAUUUAUCCUCUUCUUCAGCUUCUGGAUUUACAAACAGUUUCCUACAGAUACUUUCACAAAAGGCUCAAUGGAUUUGCUUUUGUCGGUAAGAGGAAAAUAACUAUUUUUUGAGAAAUUUAAAUUUCAGACCCGGAAUCAGUGGCUUUUUACUAUAUGUUAUAUGCCGGAGUCCCUAUAAAAAAAGCCAAAGAGCUGGUGCCUGUAGUAACGAGCAAUGGACAUGUAAAGAAGGAGCAUUUGAAGAAGAUUGAAGAAGUAUUGGGAACAUUUAUGGUGCUUUUUAAACAUGUUUAUUAUAACAAGUUCAGAAGUUCUACUACCGUAAUACACUGGAGUCCGAUUACGCCUACAACCAUUCGAAAAUUCCGGAAAGAUGGCCGGUCAAAGAGAGCAAGGAAGCCCAAGACCUGCUGGACCCCUUGAUUUUUAACCCAGAUUUUUCACCGCUGCUCCGUGAAAACCUUGAGAAUCUACCUAAAAGCUUGGUGAUUACAUGUGAAUACGACAUUCUUCGGGACGAGGGAAUCAUAUACGCUCAGAGGUUGAAGGUGAACUUUUAUUUUGGAUGAAGCCAAAAAUGCAUUCAAUUCACAGGCAGCUGGAGUACCCACAAAGAUGAUAAACUACAAGAAUGGAUUUCAUGCAAUGUUGAACAUGCACAAUGAAGUGACAGAAGCUUCUGGCUGUCUCACAGAUGUCAUGGAGUGGAUGGUCGAUAACACGAUGGCUCCUAUUAAAAAAUGA